CGCACAAAAGAAAGUCAAGAUGCCUACUUACAACAUUGUCGUCUUCGGAGGUGACCACUGUGGUCCUGAAGUAAGCAGCUCCGAAAAACAGCUCAAGUCUGUAUUGCUCACUAUUGCCCACUAGGUCACUGCAGAAGCUCUGAAGAUCCUCGAUGUUGUCGACAAGAGCAAUGCCGAUGUCCACUUCAACAUUCAGGAGCAUCCACUUGGCGGAGCCUCGAUCGAUGCACAUGGCGAGCCACUUACCGACGCAGCACUCGCCGCUGCCAAAUCUGCUGAUGCUGUGAUUCUCGGUGCCAUCGGUGGCCCCAAAUGGGGGACCGGUAAGGUUCGCCCAGAACAGGGAAUCCUCAAGUUGCGAAAGGAGAUGGGCACUUACGGCAAUCUUCGACCAUGCUUCUUUGCAUCCGAAUCUUUGGUCAAGUCUUCGCCCCUGAAGGAGGAAGUGUGCCGUGGCGUUAACUUCAACAUCGUUCGUGAGCUCACCGGAGGCAUUUACUUCGGCGACCGGACCGAAGAUGAUGGCUCUGGGUUCGCUCUUGACACUGAGCCAUAUUCGCGUGCUGAGAUCGAGCGUGUCACUCGUCUCGCAGCCCAUCUUGCGCUUGCAGAGGACCCACCUGCGCCAGUCUGGUCGCUUGAUAAGGCCAACGUCAUGGCCACAAGUCGAUUGUGGCGCAAGACUGUGACAGAGGUCAUGGAAAAGGAAUUCCCACAACUCAAGCUUGGGCAUCACCUCAUCGAUUCUGCUGCUAUGCUCAUGGUCAAGAACCCACGAGCUCUCAACGGAGUCAUCGUCACGAGCAACCUCUUCGGCGACAUCAUCAGCGACGAAGCAUCUGUUAUCCCAGGCUCUUUGGGCCUGCUUCCUAGUGCUAGUUUGACGGCUUCGCCUGAUGGAAAGAGCAAAUGCAAUGGCAUCUAUGAGCCCAUACACGGCUCUGCCCCAGAUAUCAGCGGCCAGGGAAUCGUCAACCCAGUCGCCAUGCUGCUCUCCUUGGGUAUGAUGUUCAAGUACUCUCUACAGCAGCCGGCUCUUGCGCAGAAGAUUGACGAAGCCGUGCGAAAUGUCAUCGAGAGUGGCGUCAAGACGAAGGACAUUGGUGGGUCUUCCAAGACCUCUGAAGUUGGCGACGCUGUCGCUAAAGAGCUUGCCGCCUUGCUCAAGUAAAAGUCAACUGGCCACGACUCGCAGCUUGCUUGAGCUACAUACCGCCGGAAAGACUUGUCAAGAUAUCAGUAGCCUUGAACUCCUUUGGUCUACGGCUUCACGUAGGAUGCAGCUGAUGACGAUACGACGUUCAUUGGCGAUGGAUAGAGUAAACGCCGCAUUCACAUGCGGCAUCGCUCGCAACGAAAGGAAAAAUUGCCCACCCGAAACCAUGGUAUAGUGCAGCUUUUAAUCGUCCAAGGUCUGAUGUCAUGAUGUACGGCAAGACGUAUUGUUGCUGCCGCAAUGCCCUAUCUCGAAUCGCUCCCGUUUGCAGACAUUGUGCAACGUAUCGG